CCAUUUCCAACCAAAAAAAAAAAAACCGACGUAUCAGUUAAAUUAAAAAAGAAAAAGAAAUUAGUCAUCCUUCCUAAAAAGCCCCCGGGUUAAAAGAUUUCCCAAAAAUCUGGAAAAGAAAAAGAAACUGAAGAUGAAAGCCGCCGUGACUACCAAACUGUUCUCCCCUCCAACGGCACUCAAAUCCGGCGGCAAAAUUUCGAAUUAUUUUUCUUCAGUUCCUCGUCUUCACAGCUCAAAUUUCAGCCAAAUCUAUUCUUCAAUUCACUUAAAUUCCGUCAAAUCGAUCAAGAAAGCGCAGGUCGCAAUGUCAUCAAUGAGCGCCACCUACAAGCCGGAGGAAGCUAGGGUUCCACCGGCCAUUCCGUUACCCAAACCUCCAAUUACCAAGUUCAAAAUUGGUCUUUGCCAAUUUCUAGUCGCGUCUGAUAAGGAAAGAAACAUAGCUCGCGCUCGUAAGGCCAUUGAGGAGGCUGCCCAGCAGGGAGCGCAGCUUGUACUUUUACCUGAGAUAUGGAAUAGUCCAUAUUCGAAUGAUUGUUUUCCGCUGUACGCUGAGGAUAUCAACGCUGGUGGUUCUGCGUCCCCUUCAACUGCAAUGCUUUCUGAACUGUCUCAAAGACUCAAGAUAACUAUUGUUGGUGGAUCAAUACCGGAGCGUAGUGGAGAUAAAAUUUUUAAUACUUGCUGCGUGUUUGGCGCAGAUGGAACAAUUAAGGGGAAGCACCGGAAGAUACAUCUCUUCGAUAUUGAUAUUCCAGGCAAGAUGACUUUUAUGGAAUCAAAGACCCUCACCGCUGGGGAGAGUCCAACUAUUGUCGACACAGAUGUUGGGCGCAUUGGAAUAGGUAUAUGCUAUGAUAUCCGUUUCCAGGAAUUAGCCGCCAUUUAUGCAGCAAGAGGUGCUCACUUGCUUUGCUAUCCUGGGGCGUUUAACAUGACAACUGGUCCCCUCCACUGGGAGUUGUUGCAAAGGGCAAGGGCUGCAGAUUGUCAGUUGUAUGUGGCCACUUGUUCACCUGCUAGGGACAGCACUGCUAAUUAUGUGGCUUGGGGUCACUCUACUCUAGUUGGGCCUUUUGGGGAAAUACUUGCAACAGCGGAGCACGAAGAGGUGACAGUGGUAGCAGAGGUUGAUUACUCCUUCAUUGAACAGAGAAGAACCAACCUUCCUUUCCAGAAGCAAAGGCGGGGAGAUCUUUAUCAGUUGGUUGAUGUGCAAAGGCUGAAUUCUGUUGGUUGAUAAGCACGACAUACAUCAGAACCUUCUGAGUGGUGAAAGAUAAAUUGUUGUUGGAUUAUCACGAAACAUUAAGUUUUGCCCCAGUAGUUCCUCUGCACCAGGUUCAUUUUAUGAGAGUUUUUAAAGUGUACUAUGAAGUUGGAAAAUGUUGCGAGAUCCUGCAUUCGACUCUUACUUAUGAAAGCCCUCCAUUCCAUCUCAUACUAAUGAAUCGGCAAAUGAUAUUGUCAUCUUCAUAAAGAACUAUGUAUAUAGCUAGGAUUGCAACUUCCUUGCAAACAAAUCAUCAUUAAUCUUCUGAGCAGUGAGAAACAUGCUUUUGUUGGUUAAAAUGUGCUUCAAGAUUUGAAUGAAACUUAGACGUCAUGUGGUGGAUUGGGAUUAAAUCGCAACUGCAACCUUCACAUUUAAAUGCCAUGUCUGUACUUGCAAGCUCGAUGGGUACUAAUACCAGUAUGCACGUUAGCUUUUCUUCUUUUAAAAAAUAAAACAAAAGAAAAACAGAGCAUUGAAGACAAAUAUGAGGCUCUAUACACAACAGUUGGGAGUCUCAGAGAAAAUUGU